GGUUAGAUAGUACACUUCUGCUUUGUGCAAUAAGAAUCAUGUCAGCCGCCGCUCUAUCCGUACCUCGGAGCAAUGCUGGAUACAGCCGCAGAGCUCAGCAGGGCAUAGGCUUGAGAUGGUUUCUGGAUGUCGUGCAGGAACGUGUUCCGGAUAUUGAGUUUUUCUGUCUCCCGAGGAACUCUCAAUUUCCUGUCGUUAUGCGCCGACGCUGUGGGAGUGCCGCUGACGCGGACGAUAGAGCAUCUCAAGCGGGCCUCCGAUCCGGUCAUGCCUUGCUUGGAGAUUGGGUACCACUUCAGGUGCGAACCACAGUUCGAACGAAGUGCAAUAUCAGAGGGAAGCCGGGACGACUCUGCGAUGUAAAGAACCCGGGGGCACGUCGGUGCCCAGAAAUGCCAGUCAUUCUCGCAUCGCAAGCCACCAAUUCGUUGUACAUGCUUGGCAUGGAGCAUCGACCCCGAUUUGCCGUGAAAAAGUUUUCGGAACAUCGAUUAGAUUUGCACGAUGAUACAUCCGCUACAGAGGACCUGCCGUCACGCUUUGCACAGCUGAUCGCAUCAGAGCAAGCUUUGCGCUUGGCCGCGCCGCUUCUUCCGCAAAUAUUGACUGCGUCACAUACAAGCGUUUCGCUACUGCGCAGCAGAGAGCUUCUAGUCCGCGCGAUGUGCCUGCCCGUGCUCAAUGAGCUCACGUUCCCCACGGAGGCGCUCGUUGGUUUGCCCUUCAAUGCCAAACUUCGCGGUAGGCGAGUUCUUUUUCGCUCGUUCAAUGGCUUCGCACGGCAUGGGCGUGGAGUGCACCUGUCAUUGUACAAAUACGACCACUGCGAUAAAGUUGCCUAUCAUGCCGAUACCGAUUCGAUUGAUCUGUUCUUGUUUUUUGGUGGCGACCCCGACGAUCACGAAAGACUUUCGUAUAUCGCAGUCUUGCCGAAGCACGUGCUUUUUGAGCAUGGUUUUCUGUCUGGGCAUGGGCAGAUCGGCAAGAAGCAACCCUACCUCACCUCCAACAGAUUUCAACGUCAAAAAUUCGUCACCACCGAUCGAACGCGGAUGGACAAGAAUGAAGAUUCUACGGUCGGCGGUAGUGCUGCUUUGACCUUCUCCACUGGUUCGUCUUUUGAAGGUCUUAGUUCUUACUUUUUUGAAAUCAACAGAAAAGAUCUGCAGCCAGUCGACCCAACAUCAAGGUUCGGUCGAAGAUUCACAGACUUCUGUGAGAGAAUUCUAGAGAAAUGCCCUUCUUCGUCCCCUGUUGAGAUUUCUGCACGCGAAAGCAUACCCUCUUUUCAGACUAAGGAAGAAAAUCAGAACAAUCUAUUCAUGGAGCUAGAACAACCGGCCGCCUCCUGA